UAUGCCUCCGACUUUAUAAGAAUGUCUUGUAGAUUUUCAGCACAGCAUUUUCCCCCAGCCAUUUCCUCGUCGAGAAUCUAUCUCUAGCUCCUUUCUUUAUAUGCGGCAGUGUUAUUCUCUGCUCAACUAAUCCACCGACGACCUUCGCUAGUCUGCAUUGGCACUGACAAUCUCUCAAUUAUCAAUUGCUCUUCUGUCAUCCAGCAAGGCAAGAAUCCAUUCUCAUAGGCUGCGCCUCUUGCGAGAACCACCGUCCACUUUCUGAUAUCCUGUAACGUUUACUAAACUCUGAGUAAGCUAAGCCUCCUGUUGUGCCAUGUCGGCCAUGACGUUUCUGUAUAACCAACCAAAUGUUGGCGCCAUCUCAGUCCUUCUUGGGCAACAUCAAGGCUGCUUCAACAUUUUAGACUACAUACAUCAUGCUCCGAGCCACGAAUAACGGCGAUCGAUAUGAACUCACUAGUCCUACGGCCAUGCCGAAGGCGGGUGGCUUCCUGUGGAAUCAGAGGAUGAUGAUCCAAGUCACCUGUCGGGGCUACGCCACGUCGCAGUUCAUGCAACCCGAGCCCGCGAAGUACGCAAAUGCGCCGAAUCUCGAGAUGAAGACCUUCAUGCAGCCCGAACAGAAUUACUACGCGCAUCAUCCCGGCCGCUUUGUCUACGUCAAGGAUGAGGAGACAGGCGAACUGUUCUCCGCGCCGUUUGAACCCGUCCGAGCCAAGUUGGACCGCUUCGCCUUUUCUGUCGGCAAGAGCGACAUCUCAUGGACCGUCGAGAAGCUCGAUAUUAGAGUCGAGAUGGCCUUCCUGCUUCCCACCCACGACGUCGCUGAGCUGUGGUCGAUCAAAGUGACCAACUUAUCCAACCGCGAGCGCAAACUCAGCAUUUAUCCAUACUUUCCGUUCGGCUACAUGUCUUGGAUGAGUCAGGAAGCAGAAUGGGAUGAGAAGGUUGGCGGCAUCGUUGGCAGCGGUAAGACCCCGUAUCAGAAAGCGGAGGAUUAUCCCAAGACGAAGUUCCUUAAGGACAAGUCCUACUUCCUUUGCGAAGAGAAGCCGGUGUCAUGGGAAGCGAAGCAGAAGGCGUUUGAAGGCGAGGGCGGCUUGCAUGCUCCUUCAUCACUAAAGGAGGCGCAGCUGAGCAAUAGCGAUGCUCGCUAUGAGACUCCGACGGCGAUUGUACAGUAUCGUGUCACGCUGAAGGCGAACGAGGAGAAAGCAUACCGUUUUCUCUUCGGUCCAGCUUUGGACGAAGCGGAAAUCCUCGACAUGCGGAAGAAGUACUUGAGCAAGGAAGCGUUCGCCAAGGCUGCAAAGGACUACCAGGAGUACAUCGAGAGAGGAAGUGGAUGCCUGAAGAUCGAAACCCCGGACAGGGACCUGGAUAACUUCGUCAACAACUGGCUCCCGCGUCAAAUGUACUACCACGGUGACGUGAAUCGGCUUACGACGGACCCGCAGACGCGAAAUUACCUCCAAGACAACAUGGGCAUGAGCUUCAUCAAGCCCGAAGUAGCCCGCAACGCCAUCCUCAGAGCGGUAUCCCAGCAAGAGAAAACGGGUGCCAUGCCGGAUGGUAUCCUGCUAGCCGAAGGUGCUGAGUUGAAAUAUAUCAACCAAGUCCCGCACACGGACCACUGCGUCUGGCUUCCCGUAGCGCUUGAGAUCUACCUCAGCGAGACCGGGGACUACGCGCUUCUGGAUGAGAAAAUCACCAGCAUGCACGGCGACACAUAUACCGUCUUCGAGCGCUUCAGCCGCGCCAUGGACUGGUUGCUCUCCGCCCGCGACCACCGCGGUCUCAGCUUCAUCGCCCAAGGCGACUGGUGCGACCCGAUGAACAUGGUCGGGCCCAAGGGCAUCGGCGUCUCGGGCUGGCUCACCGUGGCCACCGCCUACGCCCUCAACCUCUGGGCUGCGGUCUGCGACGCAAGCGGUAAACCCGACGUCGCGGCCAAAUACCGCAACGGCGCGAAGGAAGUCAACGAGUGCGCGAACAAGCAUCUCUGGGACGGCGACUGGUACGCGCGCGGUAUCACCGACGGCGGGGUGUCCUUUGGCAUUAAGCAGGAUAAGGAAGGUCGCAUUUGGCUGAAUCCGCAGGCGUGGUCCAUUCUUGGUGGCGCCGCCUCAACCGAGCAGAUUGCGAAGAUGCUGCCGCAGGUUGAUGAGCAGCUUAGUACGCCCUAUGGCGUGCUCAUGUUCGCGCCGCCGUAUAUGUCAAUGCGCGAGGACGUCGGCCGUGUCACGCAGAAGUACCCGGGCCAGGGCGAGAACGGCAGCGUGUAUAACCACGCCGGCGCCUUCUAUGUUUGGGCUCUGUACACCAUCUCGCAAUCCGACCGCGCGUAUACAAUCCUCCGGCAGAUGAUUCCGGGUCCAAGCGAGGAGGACUGCAUUCAGCGCGGGCAGCUCCCCGUGUAUAUCCCGAACUACUACCGCGGAGGGUGGAAACUGUAUCCGCGCACAGCGGGUAGGUCGAGCCAGCUGUUCAAUACGGGGACGGUGAGCUGGGCAUAUAGGUGUCUGGUUGAGGGGCUCUGUGGACUGAGAGGUGAUAAGGAGGGGUUGUGGGUCAGACCGCAGAUGCCGAGUGCGUGGGAGGAGAUGAAGGUUACGAGGUCAUUCAGGGGCGCCACGUUUGAGGUGCAGGUUAAGAGGGGAGAGGGGAAGGAAGUUAAGAUUGUGUGUGAUGGAAAGACGUUGGAGGAGCCGUUUAUUAAGAAUGUGGAGACCGGAAAGACGUAUGAAGUAGAGGUGGAGGUGCCGAGCGUUUGAGGUUGGCUGGAGUGAGUGCAGGUAUGGUAAGGGCUGGUAAUGGCAGGUGUGGUCGUUCAAAUUUAUGCAGGCUCUCUUAUUGGGAUACUUUAGAAGGCGUCGAGGUCUAAUCUCUCCACUCAAAAUCCAUCGCGUUCUCUUUAACUCAUCCUUCCCCUCCAUUCCAGACAUCCCGGACACUAAACCCCAACGCGAUCAGCCUGCUCCCAGCGUAAACGCCUGAUCAAGCUCCGUAAACUAGUAUGGCUGAUCUGUGAACGGGGACCCACCAUCCAUACACUCCCGUCAGAAUGG